AUGGCUAAUGUCACAAUAGGCAAUGCUUUUGCAGUUCUGAGCAACCCUGAAAAACGGCUGCGAUACGAUGAGUUUGGAAGUGACCAAGAGAAUGUCCACGCUGGCCAUGGCCAGGCCAGGCACUAUAAUUAUUAUGCAGAAUUUGAAGCAGACAUCACACCAGAAGAAAUAUUCAAUGUUUUCUUUGGUGGGCACUUUCCUACAGGAAAUAUCCACAUGUUCUCAAAUGUAGCUAGAGAUGCUCACUAUUAUCCACGGAGGCACCGAAAUGAGAGAGCAUGGACACAGGAGCAAGAAGAGGAAGAAAACAGACCGCAGAACUCGUAUUCUGCAUUCAUUCAGUUGAUGCCAGUUUUCAUAAUAAUAAUAGUGUCCGUUAUAACUCAACUGAUGGCAACUAACCCACCCUACAGUCUAUUUUACAAAUCGUCCAUAGGCCAUGUUAUUAGUAGAGAAACCGAGAACUUGCAGGUGCCUUACUAUGUUGAUAAAAACUUUGAAAAGAUUUAUCAAGGUUUGGAGCUCCAAGAGCUAGAAAAGACUGUUGAAAAAGAUUACAUAGAAUAUAUUCAGACCAGCUGCUGGAAGGAGAAACAGCAAAAAUCUGAUUUGUCAAAUUUGGCCAAGUUGUACAGAGAUGAACGAUUAAAACAGAAAGCAGAAUCACUGAAACUUGAGCACUGUGAGAAGCUCUCCAGUCUGAUUGGAAUGCACAAAGAGGGCUGACCAGGACAUACGUGUUCUGUGCUUUUAUUUAUUGCUGUUUUAACUUAUAUUUUAUUUUUCUUUGUAUAAAAAAAGGGAAGGAGUCUAUUGUAAAGAGUGUGAAUACUGGAUUCCUUCAUAUAUAUAGUGCAGAGAUGGGCCAACACGAGCUGUAGAGCUGGUGUUUGCUUUAAUAUACUGUACAUUACGUUUGGUUCCAAGGACCAGUGGCAUUUAGUGUAAAAUAAUUCCCUGGGAAAUGCUGCCCGGUUUGGAACCCGUCUUCAUGGUAGUUUGUCUGCCAUCCAAACAGUGUGUGCUUCCCAGGAGAGUAGACAUAAUGUCUUAUGCUUUCUGUAUUUUAUAUGGACCUGCAGUUCACUUGAUCAUACCGUGUAGUAGUUCUCCGCAUUAAA